AUGCCUUACCACGCUGCUGUUAUGUAUCCCAAUGACGCGGAAAUUCAAUUCAACCGCGACUACUAUAUGAAAGUCCACAUGCCCCUCGUUGAGAGUAUUUGGAAAAAGCACGGAUUGAUCAGCUGCCAUGUGGUUGAAUACACCAAAUCCCUCGAUGGCUCUCCGUCCAUGUACCUGAUCGCGACAACGCUAGUCUUUGAGAGCGAGGAAUCCUUACAGAAUGCGCAGAGGGACCCUGACACAGACAAGCUCUUUGCCGAUAUACCUAACUUCACCAACAAGCACCCGAUUACUUUGGCUGGUGUUGGGCUUUCUGCUUGA